GUUGAAUCUCCUGCUUCGCGAGACUUCGUGUCGGCAUACACACCAAACAUGUCGGCAUUCAAGAGAAAACGUGGAGGACAGGGUCCUGCUAACAAGAAGGCAAAAAAGGCAAAAAUUGUUGCGGACAAAAAUGAAGCACCGGUUAAAACCGAAGAGGAGACGAAAAACGAAGAUGUAGUCAUAGGCCCAGUCUCAAAGGGUAAAUGGACCAACAAGGAACGAGUUCUAAUCUUCUCCUCCAGAGGCAUCAACUUCAGGACAAGACAUUUAAUGCAAGACUUGAGGAAUAUAAUGCCUCAUUCAAAAGCAGAUACAAAAAUGGACAGGAAAGACAAGCUGUUUGUUGUUAAUGAGGUGUGUGAAAUCAAAAACUGCAACAAAUGCCUCUUUUUUGAGGCAAAGAAAAAGCAAGACCUUUAUAUGUGGAUUUCAAAUUCCCCACACGGACCUUCUGCAAAGUUUCUGGUUGAGAACAUUCACACACUGGCUGAACUUAAAAUGACAGGAAAUUGCCUCAAAGGAUCCAGACCACUGCUCUCAUUCGAUCCUAAAUUUGACAAAGAGCCACAGUAUGCUUUACUGAAGGAGCUUUUCAUACAGACAUUUGCCACACCACACUACCACCCAAAGAGUCAACCUUUUGUGGACCACGUCUUCACAUUCACCAUCGUGGACAACAGAAUAUGGUUUCGAAACUACCAGAUAAUUGAGGAGGAUGCCUCUCUGGUGGAGAUCGGGCCUCGAUUUGUUCUCAACCUAAUCAAGAUCUUUGGGGGGAGCUUUGGGGGUGUUACGUUGCAUGAAAACCCACACUUCCGUUCUCCUAACCUGCACCGGCGAGAGCUACGACUGACGGCAGCAGCCAAAGUACGUGAAAAGCAAAUGGUGAAGGAAAUGCAUAAAAUGAAGAAGAGCGACGGGAAGGAGGACUUGACAAAGGAUGUUACCGCUGACGUCUUCCUAACACCAGCAGAAGAGAAACCAGUUCACAUUGAGACAGAGGCACCUGAGCCAAAAGUUGCCAAGAAGAACAAGCACAAAGCUUUCAAAAGACAAAGGAUGCAGAAGGCGCGCAGGUAAUUAGGUUGAGUGGAUAAAGGAGUGAAUGACUUACUGGAUCCCACAAGGCUGUAGUGGCAAAAAUGAGGCAGCAACACAGCAUUUGAGUCUAAAGUCGAGUAUUAUUUGAACUUUUGCAGGUUGUAAUAAUACUCGAUAUGGUGUCACUUUAUAGUCACAUCACAACGUUUUAGCAUACGAAGGUUGCGCUAAGUGUCAGUGGAUAAACGGAUUCUAAGUGGCCAAACAACUCUUGUAUAAUAAUUUGUCCCUCUCUUUUGAUACAAGUAAAAUUCCACCAGUGUGAUUGAAAAAUACUGUCUGUGUUGUGGAAAAUAAAGAGUUUGAACAGUUA